UUUAAGGGAUUAAACUCUGAGUAAAUAUCAGGACAAUACGAGCCUAUAUCUCCAUGUCUUACAAAAUGUCGUAAUAUUUAACAACCUGAAGUUCAAAAAUUGUGACAUUUAUAGCGCGAGUGCUGUAGAUGUGAUGGGAAAGAUUUGAUAACUCUUUACCAAUCGCUUACAACUAAAAUAUCUAAUAAAUGCAAAGUUGUAAGUUCUUCUGUAAUUGAUCAAUUAUGUUUCAAACUCAUGUGGUUCUGACUUGUUUGUGUUUAACAAUCGCAGCACUACCGGAAGUUAACGCAGCGUUUCAAGAUGACUUUGUAUGGGGAGUGUCGUCUGCUGCAUACCAAAUUGAAGGCGGCUGGAAUUCUGAUGGAAAAGGCUCGAGUAUCUGGGACACUUUUACGCACCAGAAGGGAGGUGAUAAUGGUGAUGAUACAUGUGACAGUUACCAUAGAUACAAGGACCACGUGCAACAUCUGAAAGAACUGAAGGCGACACAUUACAAGUUUUCAAUAUCCUGGUCACGUGUCUUACCAUCCGGUUCUGUAAGUAACAAGAACAGCAACGGUUUGCAAUAUUACAAGAAUCUAGUAGCCGAAUUGUUAAAGAACAAUAUUCAACCAGUAGCAAGUUUAUACCAUUUUGAUUUACCGGAAGCUCUACAAACCAAUGGUGGAUGGUUGAACAAUACAACAGUUGAUAGGUUUGAAGCUUACGCCAGACUGAUGUUCCAAGAGCUUGGUGACUAUGUCAAAAUCUGGGUGACCAUCAAUGAACCUAUGAAAGAAGUUACAAGAGGAUACGUAGAUGGGAAAUAUGCUCCGGGAAUUAAACAACCAGGAACAGCUCCGUAUACUGUAGCACAUAACCUAAUCCGAGCUCAUGCUAGGGCUUAUCACGUGUACAAUGAUGAGUUCAAAAAUACACAGAAAGGACUUGCCGGAAUCGUUUUGAACUCGGAGUGGAUGAUCCCAGAAUCUUCAUCUGAAAGCGAGGCCGUCAAUCGUGCUAUGCAAUUCACAACCGGUUGGUUUGCAGAACCUAUUUUUGGAACUGGUGACUAUCCGGAAGUUAUGAAAACAACAAUGGCGGGAAAUUCAAGACUUCCGGCAUUUACUGCUCGUGAAAUACAAAGUAAUCAAGGAUCAAGCGAUUUUAUUGGUGUAACAAAAGAUACGACAUUGAGAGUAAAAGGAAAAUCACGUGGUCAACAAACUAACACCAGUUACUAUAACGACAUUAAUAUUGAUGGAACUGCUGUUCAAAGAUCACCUGAGGUAGAUCUACGAGAUUUACUUGAAUGGAUAAAAACGUCAUACAACAACCCCGUAGUUCACGUGUUUAAUGGCGGGUUCAGUGAUUGUGGAACGUUGUAUGACCAAGACAGAAUAACCUUUAUGACACAAACUAUGACGGCAGUACGAAAUGCAAUGCAUGAUGGUGUUAAUAUAAAAGGUUUCUUUGCCGCACAGCUAUUGGACGGUUUUGAUUGGAUAAACGGCUUUAAAACAAAAUCCGGCCUGUAUCACGUGGAGUUUGGAAAUAAAGAACGGAUACCAAAGGCUUCGGCAAGUUACUACAAGACGCUUAUAUCACAUAACGGAGACGUGUUUUCGUAUCCGAAAUAUUUUGUUCCUGAAGUUAUUCGCCAAAAAGAUGAGUUUAUGUACAGGCAAUUCCCUGAGGAUUUUGCAUGGGGCGUGGCCACUGCGGCAUAUCAGAUUGAAGGAGGGUGGAACGAAGAUGGCAAAGGUCCUAGUAUCUGGGAUAAAUUUGCCCACAACAACAGACUGGCCUACUCCCAGACAGGAGAUGUUGCCUGCGAUAGUUAUCAUAAAUAUAAACAAGAUGUACAAAAUAUUAAAAGAUUAGGGGCGUCACAUUACCGUUUUUCUAUUGCAUGGAGCCGUGUGUUACCUGACGGAAGAGCGACGUCACUAAACAAAGCGGGUGUUGAUUACUACAAUAACUUGAUAAAUGAGCUGUUAGCCAAUGGGAUUACACCAAUGGUGACCCUGUAUCAUUGGGAUCUACCACAAGCACUACAGGACAUAGGCGGCUUCCAGAACGAUAGUAUAGUUGACUAUUUUAACGACUAUGCUCAAGUCUGCUUUGAACAAUUUGGUGAUAGGGUUCCAUUGUGGCUAACAUUUAACGAAGCGUUUGUUGUGUCAUGGCUUGGGUACGGUAUUGGCGUGUUUGCCCCAGGGGUAAACAGCCCUGGUGACGGUGUAUAUAGAGUGGCACACAACAUCAUCAGGUCACAUGUAAAAGCCUACCAUACCUACGAUAAAUUGUUCAGACACAUGUACCAUGGAAAAGUGGGAAUUACUCUGGACUGUGACUGGAAGGAACCGAGUACUACGUCAUCGAUGGAUCGCUACGCAGCUGAGCGCGCGCUACAAUUCAAACUGGGAUGGUUUGCUAAUCCAAUAUAUGGUAACGGAGAUUACCCGGCGGUUAUGAGACAUGUAGUAGACAAGAGAAGCCGGGAGGAAGGGAAAAGCAAGUCACGGUUACCAGUCUUCACGGAAGAGGAAAUCAAAAUGAACAGCGGCGCCUACGACUUUUUUGGAUUGAAUCAUUACACCACCCAGUAUGUCAGACAUAACCAUGACAACAGGCGGGAUAACUAUGAGGGCGACCAGGACCUGUACACCAAGACGGACGAUUGCUGGCCCGGAUCGAGGGCGGGCUGGCUAAAAGUCAAUCCAUGGGGAUUAAGAAGUUUGUUACGUUGGAUUCGGGAUAGGUACAAUAAUCCCCCAGUGUAUGUAACAGAGAAUGGUUUUGGGGAUGAUGGUGGCUUACAUGACAUGGGAAGAUUAAACUAUUAUAAAUCUUACACGAAUGAGAUGCUUAAAGCUAUACAUCUUGACAACUGUGAUGUGAAGGGUUAUAUGGCCUGGUCAUUAAUGGAUAACCUAGAAUGGACCAGUGGCUACACUAUCAAGUUUGGACUGUAUCAAGUUAACUUUACAGAUCCUAAUAGAGCUAGGGAACUGAAGGAUUCUGGGAAAUUCUAUACGAAACUUGUUCGUGAUAACGGAUUUUCUAGCAAUUAAGAAACUAACAAUAUCUAGAUUAAAUAUAAUUUACAAUAUACUGACUUCUAAUUGGUUAUAUUCUGGUAAAACGUCUUUCCUUCUUUAUCAUGAAUAUAUUUUUAUAGCAGUUAUGCCGAAAACAAUUGCUUGGUUAAAAUCAAUUUGAAAACAGUUAUGAAAAUUCUAUAGCAAAAUCAUUCAUCGAUGAUAAUUUAAUCCGAUUAACCUAUAUUUCAAUAUAACCUAGCAUAUUAUAUGAAAAAUAUUUCGAAUAAAGACUUAACAAAUACAUGUAUA